AUGAUUCCGUGUACCGCAAACCCCAGGCGAGGCAAUGAUGGCCGCUUUAGGGCCAGCUCCGAGGAUGAGACUACGACUCCCAUGAUGUCCUGCGGCGGCGACUGCGGGUGCGGCAAGAUGGCGGCGCCGGCGGCUGGCGGAGCGGGACCAGUGUCGUUCGGGUUUACACGCACCGCCGCUGGACGGAGGCGGCUGCCCGGUCCCGGGUCGGGACCCUGCGCGGAGCCUGACGCCACCGAACACGUGCCGGAACCAGACUUCGUGCGCGCUAUGGAGGACCGGGAGCUCCAGAGUGUCUGCCUGGCCCCACGGCCCCCCUCAGCACUUGUCAUUCCCCUGAUCCGGGCGAACCAGUGGAAGCGGCCAGCGGGCGAGGCUUCUCCAGACCCUGUUGGCAGGGACAGGGUUGAGGGUCAGGCCAUUCGGGAGAUCAUUGAGGAGUCGCAGCGGGCGCUGGAAGUUUGGGAGGCUGGUGCUGAGGCUUCCCUGGCUCGAACCAUUCCCAUGCUAGUCCAGAACAGGGUACUUAGUGGCUACGAGGACAGCGAUCACGUGGACGUCAGUCUGCGCCCUGAGUCGGCCACAGAGGCAGACUAUGAAGAGGUGCCAGUGGAGGCCUAUGGUCUGGCCAUGCUGCGGGGGAUGGGUUGGAAGGAGGGCGAGGGCAUCGGCCAUACCUUCAAGCAGGCUGUGAAGCCACUAGAACAUGAGUUGCGUCCCAAGGGACUGGGCCUGGGGGCUGCCCAGGCCCCCCUGCCAUUCUCUCCACUGGGCAUAGAGCCCCCUGAGGAGGGGAAUGGGGAGGAGCCCCUGGGGCUGGCAGCAAGGGGCAGCGUUCUCAUCCAGGCUGGCCCUCAUCAGGGCCUGUAUGGCAAGAUCGAGGGGCUGGACCCCGAUAAUGCCAGAGCAAUGGUGAAGCUGGCACUGGGGGGCCAGACAGUGACCCUUAGCCAGCACAGCCUGCAAUCUGUGACCUGGAAGGAGUACAAGCGACUGGGCAAGGACCUCAGUUGUCUCAGCAAAGCCCACAAAGAGGAAGAGGAGCAGCAAAGGAAUGGGCUCACUACCCACCCAAAUGCUGGGCUCCCCCAGCAUAGGAAGGAGGAGCCUGGGCAGAAGAGGAAGCAGGGGGUGGAGCUGCAGAGGCUAGCCAAGCAGGCCCGGAGUGAUGGCACUCCCUGCUGGCUACGCCGGGAUCUGCGGGUCCGAUGUAUCGAUCAUGCCUACAAGGGAGGCAAAUACUACAACACAAAGAUGGUGGUAGAGGACGUGCUGGGAGGUGGAGCCUGUGUCUGUCGCACUGAUGACGGGCGGGUCUUGGAGGGGCUUCGGGCAGCAACCUUGGAGACAGUGAUCCCCCGUGGUGUCAGCGACCGCAUCAUGGUGGUGCUGGGGAAUCAGGCUGGGAGGGUUGGCUAUAUCCUGCAGCGGGAUGGUGCCCACGGCCAGGCACUGGUGCAGCUCCCAGAUGUCGGGGUUGUCACCCUUGACUAUAACACCAUCUGCCAUUAUGUGGGGCACCAUGACGAUGAUGACGAGAGAGCCCUGCCCCCUGCUGGCCCCAGCCCUCUCACCCAGUGAAGUUUUGGGGGGGGGGGGGGGACCUGGAUCUGUGUCCGUGUGGCAUUCUAGAGCCAUGACUGUUCUAGAGCACAAUGACAGGUGGUCAGAGAGGGGAAUGAACAGGUAUGACCAGCUGGGCAUAGAGCUAUACAGGUUCUAGAGCAACCCCACCAUGCCAAGUCCCUGGUGGGUUCUAGACCCUGCCUUCCCUGUGGUUCUAGGUUUGGGAUCGUGUUCUCGCUUAUGGAAGGUUCCAAGACCUUGGAGGUUCUAGGCUGGGAUUGUGCUGUCCAACCUCCCGGUUUCCUGAAACCUAGGUUCUAGAUCGUGGUAUCUGUGGUGAUCUGCAGGUUUUAGGUUCCUGGUUUGGGGUUCUAGAGCCACUCCUAGAAUUACCUUAAUCUGAUUCUGGAUGUGGAUGGAGCAGUGCCUCCUGGGAUCAUGGGGGUGUUGGGGUGGGGCCAAGUGCCAGCUUCAGAGAUGGCUACUGGAUGGAGCAUGCGGCUGAAGUUGGUUCCUUAUUCCUGGUUCCUUUUUCAAAGCUAAUCUAGACCCAAUAAAAACUUGUUGUUAAUGAAUUACA